AUGUCGUCGAUCGCCAAGUAUUGUGUGGCUUACGUAACCUCCCCAAUCGGAAAGGCAGAAAGUAUUGCAAAAGCUCUAUUGACACAAAAACUAGUAGCUUGUGUGAAUAUCGUUCCGCAAGUCAAGUCCAUGUAUUGGUGGGAAGGGCAAAUUUGCUCGGACGAAGAAGCGUUGCUAAUCAUCAAAACGAAAAAAGAUUUGCAAAAUCAAGUGAUCGAAUGUGUUAAAAAGAAUCACGAAUAUUCAGUCCCUGAAGUGAUUUUCAUGGACAUUACUGACGGAAAUGAAGAUUAUUUGAAAUGGAUUCAUGAUUCAACAAGCUGCAGUCAUACACAAUAA